CCAUAGACCGUUGUUAACUGUUAAAAAAACGAUCAGGAUAUUUAGAUAUUAUGUGCUAAAGGUGUCCCGUCUUCCCCCACCCUACUACACAAUAUCUAAACGUUCCGACUGCCGGUUACUCUAUAUACCUGAUGUGAGAACGGCAAAGAAAUGUGUGAAUUGUAAAGCCAACUACCUCUACAAUACACAAAAGAUUAAAUGAGUAGGACCAGACACCAGAGCUACGGGUAAACUAACACUAAAUAACAAGGCCUGAUUUUGAACGGCAGCUUUUGGUAAUUGCGGUGUAACGGGCGACGUACCUUGACUAGGGUAGUGAGAAUUCAGGACACGCACGAGAACAUAAAGUAAUUUCCUUAUCAUAGCUUAGGAACUUUAGGCAAUGGAUUGGAAUUAUUGGACUGUUGUUGCAUUGCUGGCCGUUGGGAUUAUUGCGAGUAUUUACCAAGGAGAACAUAUACCGUUGUUCAAUGUGGUUGACACGUUUAACUGCAGCAACCCACAAUCCAUCGAAAGGAUCAAGUUUACGUCACCAUGCGGAGCCGUAUCUUCACCAUGCUAUCCAAGGUCUACACCCAGUGUUAUGGAGGGUAGGAAGGGUUGGGUGGUGGAUGCGGGGAAAGAGGGACGGUUGGUUGCAGGUUAUCGUUUAACCUUCCACGAUUUUGACAUUGGUGAAAAACCUUCAGCUCUUAUUAUUGGCAACUCGGCAAAAACAAACGAUAAUGGAAUUCUAAAAGUUGAGAAAGACGUCAUAGUUCAAGGCAUUGGAGAGAUAGAAGGGGGAAUCACCAUAACAGAGAAAGGAAAGCAAACCCACACAACCAACGGCGACCAUCUUGACAUUAACUCCCCAACCAUGUUCAUAACCUUUCAACUUACCCAGCCAACAUCAAACCCUGGCUCCGUGUUCUCCAUCACAUUCUGUGCAGACUUUGACAAAUGUAGUGAUCAUGAGGAAUAUUGCAAACAUGGCGGAACUUGUGUUCGAGAUGGGUUCAAAAAGUAUCGAUGUAAAUGUAAAGCGGGUUUCACUGGUGAUCACUGUGAAAGUGACUCAACAGUUUGCCGAACAGGGAUGUGUGACGAAGCAGCAACGUGUAUCAAGUCAUCAACAUCAUUUGUUUGUAAAUGCAAGGCAGGAUAUACAGGGAGGGGGUUGCCUGGUGAAUGCAUUGAUGUUGAUGAAUGCGCUACGGGAUGGCAUUCAUGUCCUGUUGGCGCAAAUUGUACGAACGUUGUUGGGGGGUUUCAUUGCACGGGCCCAGGAGGUUCUACUGUGCGUAGGAGAGGCUUUGACAGUACAAGCCCGGAGGAAGAAUGUAUAGUUCACCCAACAGCUCGACUGCGAGCAUGUGAGACCUCACGAUGUGCUGGGGCACCAAGGGACAAAGAUACAAGCUGUACUGAACCAGCCAAACCAGUAUCAACAACACAAACAACAACUGACUCAGGAUUUGCAAGCUACCUCGGGAUGCCCCGCGUUAACUUUGCCGGCGGAAUGAACUACGACGCAGCUACAGUCAACAACAAGAAAUGUGUUUUCGACAACGAGUAUUUCUCCGUUAGUGAAUUAUCGACCAACUACAUUGGUGUGGUUCAGGAUACCAACCAAUUCAAUCGCUUCUCAUUUGGAAGCAGCAAUUGGAAUCCGGACGGCAGCAACCGAAUUAGUUUUCCCAACACAACAAUAACAUCUACGUGCACAUUGGAUAACGGUUGUGUUACAACAGAUCAAAUUGUUGGCGCAGUUUUUAAAGGUGGCAGGAAAUUAUUUUCAUCAUUUUUGAUGUUUUGUUCCAACUAAUUACGAUUUUAUUGAGUAACAAUUACAAACGACCAGUCCUCUUAUUUUCCGAAAUAACAAAUUUUGGGCAAAUUUUU